GUUCUCAUUUUACCUUUAGAUUUAGAGAAGCCAAAAUCACAAGUGGACGAUUCAAAGUUGAGGGAAGGGGCUGCUCAAGUGGAGCUUGCUAUUGCUGAGAAUCAUGCGAUUCCCAAAUGCGCAGGAAAAGAAGCUAAGAACGGUGCAAACUCAGAGGGUGAAAACAUCGCUCCUCUGAAGUCUACGGUGAAGAAGAAGAAGGCCUCAAAGAAGGCGCCGUCGACAUCAAAGAAGGCCAGAGCGCUCUCCAUCAGCAAACAGAGCAACACCAUCCAGAGAUCUACAAGGAAGCCCCUGAUCACUCCUGCGAGAAGCUUCCUUGAAGCCUCGGUCAUCGGCUCCACGCCACUCAUCACGCCGCGCUUCGACCCCAGGUUGCCAAAGACUCCAGGAUUGAGACUUGCGCAUCACAGGGAGAAGAUCUACAGCAUGUCGGUCAACGGUUCGCCGAUCGCCAGCGGCGGGGAGGACGUGGUCAUCAGUGUCCCUCUGGGAAACGGAGAGUGUGUGCAGCUGCUGGCCAGUGAGAUGGACUCUGCGGAUCUGAGUCGGCUGGACCAGAAAGCCCUGCAGAGCAUCAGGAACCUGCAGAACCGGCUGACGACUCUCUGUGGAUCAGCGAAGUGAACUCCAGCACUGAACGAGUUUUAUCUGUUUUAUAACCAUGUGGGUUUUACUCCUCUUUCCUUCGUGUUUUCAUGUGCUGUAGUUUCCUUGCAUUGAGCUUGUAUCAGGUAGAUUUAAAUAAGAUAGUUCUAGCCAUUAUAAUCUGUUGUACCUUUUGUGUAAAUAUGCCUCUUAAAGACCCUGAUUCCUCAUCGCCGCUGUCGUCUGCUCCUUUACAUUUAUGAGAGUUUGUUCAAACUGUAUUAACUCAGAUGCUUCACCAAAAACUAUUUUUUUAAUCAUGUGAGCAUAUGUACAUUUCAGUCUCUUAAGAAGAGUUAAAACCAACAUGAAUCUGUAUGAUAGCAAAGACAAAUUUAAGUUGUUAAUAUUCCUGUCCUUCACUCAUAUAAACAUCUGAAGUUUCUGUUUGAGGGGAAGAAUUCUGAAUGUUUAUUAAUGGCCUAAAGAUAUUUCUACAGUAUUGCUGUUUAUGGAUCGUUUAGUGUUCAUCUCUUCUGUCACGCUGAACACAGGCUAGAGAUCUGUGGAGAAAGUGGGAUAUUCUCUCAAAUCAAUAACCGGUUUGUUUCAAAAUUAUAUUAACAGGAUGACUCUUAAUAAUGAUUCUUAUAUUUAUAAAUUAUGUAAAUGUAUGAUUGUGCUGCCAAUGUUUGCCUCUAGAGGGCAGUGUGCACAUGUCAAUAUACAACACUUUGUAAAGUUUCAGACACUCGAGAGAUGUCCAAGGACAGAGAAGAACAGCUGACUAAGAGCCUGGCCAGUUUAGUCAUUAUUCAAGCUCAAACUUUUUUAAAAUUGAUAUUCCAGCAACAAUAAAAAAAAGAAGGGAAAUGGC